AUGCGGAAAACCAAGAUCAUCGCCACCAUCGGCCCGGCCUCCCGUUCACCGGAAACCCUGGACCGACUGGUAGCCGCCGGAAUGGAUGUUGCCAGGCUGAAUUUCUCACACGGCACGCUGGAAGAACACGCCGAAGUUAUCGCCAGCGUCCGAGCCGCCUCCAAACGGCAAGGCCGUCCAAUUGCGGUGUUGCAGGACUUGGGCGGCAACAAAUUUCGGUUGGGCACUAUGGCUGAGGCCGUUCAGCUCAAUUUUGGCGAUUUGAUUUCCAUUGUCAACGAACCGAGGGCAGAUUCGCCUGACCGGUUGCCCUUUCCAGAGCCGGCCAUAUUGGGGAACCUGCGGCCGGGCAACCUGGUCUACAUCUCGGAUGGCACGGUCUGCCUCGAGGUUUUGGACGUUACGAAUGACCUGGAGGUCAAGACGCGCGUUCGCAACGGUGGCAACCUGUCUUCCUACAAGGGCGUUAACCUUCCCGACGUGCCUAUGGACAUGCCGGUGAUUACCGAGAGCGACAAGAUUGCCUUGCAGUUUGGUGUCGAGCAGGAAGUGGACUGGGUUGCGUUGUCGUUCGUGCGCACUGGUGAGGAUGUUCGCUAUGCUCGCGCGUAUCUGAACCAACUGGACAGUCGGGCCCCGGUGAUGGCCAAGCUGGAACGUCGGGAGUGCAUUGAUAAUCUGGACGAGAUUCUGGCCGAGGUGGACGGAAUCAUGGUGGCGCGCGGCGACCUGGGCGUCGAAAUGCCGAUGGAAGAAGUGCCUGUUAUCCAGAAACACAUGGUACGCAGGGCCAAUGAGGUUGGGAAAAUCUCUUCGGUGGCCACGCAAAUGCUGCGGUCGAUGGUAAACUCGCCGACGCCCACACGGGCCGAGGUGUCGGACAUCGCCAACGCCGUGCUCGACGGUUGCGAUUCCAUCCUGCUUUCCGAUGAGAUAGCUGUUGGCGCCCACCCGGUGGAAGCGGUGCGUAUCGCUGAUGCUGCUAUCGUCCAAGCGGAAAAAAUAUACCAGUACUACACCGAAUUUCCUCAGCGCGAUCAGACACAAUCGGUUACGUGGGGCGCAACCCAACUCACCAAAUCCCUGGACGCCAAGCCAAUCGUCAUCACCAGCACUGGCCGCGCCGCCUUCGAAAUGUCACGGUUCCGGCCCGAGAACGACAUUCUGGUGUUCUCCCACGAUGAAGCGGUACAGCGUCGGGUGUGCAUGGCCUGGGGACUGGCUCCCAAGGGCAUCAUCCCCCCCGAACCCGACGUGGCCAAGCUGGUAACUAUGCUGGUGGAUCAGGCGAUUGCAACCGGCUUAGUGGCCGAACGCGACAUCGUUACGCUGGUGCACGGCUUUAUGACCGGAGUAACCGGCACUACCAACACGAUUCAGGUGUUGAACAUCCGCGAAUAUCUGGACCACAUUGGUCGCAACGCGGUGCCGCACGCCGCACCGUGA